UUUUAUUUUAAUAAGGGAAGAAACAAAUUCAUUCAGAGGAACAUCCCACAAAUCAAUACUUUUAUCUGACAUUGGACCAUUUUAUUUUACUCUGUCUCUGAGACUAUGUCUCUUCCACCACACCCUACCAUCAUUCAUCAAGAACUCCUCUGAUCCUCUCCCAAGAAAAGUAUAUAUAUGACAAGAGUUUACUAGAGAAGCAUCCAUUUCCAGGGAGAGAGUGUUCCCAUAAGAAUUCAGUAGUAGAAAGGGAAAAGUUUACUUUUUUGACAGCAAAGUUAAGAAUCUAUACCAAACCCUCUCAAGAUUUUCUUUCAUCUUUGGGCAAAGAUUAGGAAUCUUCUUUCCAAGACUUUUAGAUUUAGGCUAAGAAUCAUUUUAUAGUUUCUUGCGGGGUGUUAUGGCAUGCCUCAAGAACAAGAAUUGGAUUAUCAUCCAAAGGGUUAAUCUUUUUGACACUUUUCAGUUACAAAAGAUUGGACCCCACCCCUCUGCUUUUCUACAAAUGGAAUGAACUUUCUUCGUUAAUUUGUCCACCAGAAUGAGUUUCUCUUCUUUCUCUCUUUGGCUUCUCCUCAUCUUCUGCGUCAUAUUUUCCAAUGUUGUUACGGUGAAUGCAUUCAAAGGAACAUUUGGAGUAAACUAUGGUAGGAUAGCGGAUAAUUUACCUGCACCAGGUGUUGUGGUGACGCUUCUCAGAGCUGCCAAGAUUAAAAAUAUUAAAAUCUAUGAUGCUGAUCAUGAAGUCCUCAAGGCCUUCAAAGGUUCUGGCAUUGAAAUAAUAGUUGGAAUUGGCAAUCAGUAUUUGAAAGAAAUGAGUGUAGGCGAGGAUCGCGCGAUCAGUUGGAUCAAAGAAAAUGUGCAGCCAUUCCUUCCUGGAACUAAAAUUGUUGGAAUUACUGUAGGAAAUGAGAUAUUGGGGGGUGACGACCAUGAGCUCUGGGAAGUUUUGCUGCCUUCUGUCAAAAAUGUUUAUUCAGCUCUUCGGAGGCUGGGUUUGGAAAAGUCUGUUGAGGUCUCCAGCCCACAUUCAGAGGCUGUUUUUGCCAGUUCCUACCCUCCAUCUGCAUGUGUUUUCAAGGAAGAUGUUCUUAUAUACAUGAAGCCGUUGUUGCAGUUCUUCUCGCAGAUUGGUUCUCCUUUCUACAUAAAUGCCUAUCCUUUUCUAGCCUACAAGAGUGAUCCUGAGCAUAUUGACGUUAACUAUGCUCUUUUUAAAUCAAAUCCUGGAAUUGUAGAUACAAAGACUAAUCUACACUAUGAUAACAUGUUUGAUGCUCAGGUUGAUGCAGCUUAUGCUGCCCUGGAAAAGGCAGGGUUUCCCAAGGUGGAAGUCAUAGUUUCUGAAACUGGCUGGGCGUCUCAUGGAGAUGCAAAUGAAGCAGGUGCUACAUUGCAAAAUGCUAGGACCUACAAUUAUAAUCUGAAGAAACGGCUAUCUAAAAAGAAGGGUACCCCCUAUAGGCCUAAAACUGUGGUGAGAGCUUAUAUUUUCGCAUUGUUCAAUGAGAAUUUAAAGCCUGGGCCAACUUCUGAGAGAAACUUUGGAUUGUUCAAACCUGAUGGAAGCAUAGCAUAUGAUAUUGGAUUUACGGGACUUAAAGAAUCAUCUGCAGUUUCAUAUCUUCUUUCUUUCAAGGGCAUUGGAGCUUCCACUUGGCUGGGUUCUUCCUAUUCAUUAGUUUCUGCAACCUGCACAGCAGUUCUGCUAUUAGUUUCAGCUUUAUGACUGGUGUCAAAAGGUCUAGAGCUUAUUUUACCCAUGUUCAGUACGAUGGUGCAGCAGGGCAAGGAAAUGACUUCAGGCUCUUGAAUUUGCUAAUGUAGUUUGUAACAUAUCAAUGUGUAACCAAUUCAUUUGCUGAUCUUGUACAGACAAUUAAUUGUUGAAUCAAUUGAUCACUGAAUAACUGCGGAUUCUUAUUUUUUCAA